AUGUCUUCGGCUGCCGUGCAGCAACAGAGCACGCCGCAGCAGUACUCACAGUCUGACCGCUACGCCAGCGACCCCAACUACACUCCCUCCCGACGAGCAGGUGCCGGUAAUGCUUCCGUACCGAACACCCCCUACCAGCAGCAGUCUUACUCAUCUCCGUUGUCUAGCGCCGCUACGAUGACCACCCCCAGAGGGCCCGGCAGCGGCCACGCGUCGCCGUCAGAGCCGCUGAGUAACUCUACGUAUCAGCAGUUCUACCCCGACUCAAUGGGAUCCGGCCAAGCGACUGCUCUACCCAUGCGGACAUCCGCCCAGCAGGCACCUUCAUCUGCCACGAAUUCGCCGUACGAUUCGCGAGGAUACAGCUCACGUUCGCAACAGGCUGGGUAUGGCAGCGAGAGCGAGCGAGAAAGAGGGCAAAGAACAACCAGGUCCCAGGCAGAUCCAGCCAGUGCAAGCCGGAGCAGUCAGCAGCGCUCCCGUCAUGCACCGCAACAAAGCAGAUCCACCACAGCGGUCGGCCAAACACCCAUGGACACUUCGCUACCACGCGAGCACAGUGCUAUCAUCAACCACAUAGUAGUGGAUGACCCACAAGCAGAUAUUGCUCGUGAGCGUGCACGUGUCCAAGAGGCGCAACCGUACCAGCGUGGCACCGAACCCGGCAUGCUCGAUCAGACCGUCCCUGCUGAGAACGAGCAGAAGCACCGGAGUCGGCAAGAGCACCUACGGCAACAGCCCACAAAUCGAUCGAAAGACUCCAAGCUUGGCGACUACAUCCUUGGGCAGACUCUUGGUGAGGGCGAGUUUGGAAAGGUCAAGAUGGGCUGGAAGAAGGACAGCACUGUCCAGGUCGCCAUCAAGCUCAUUAAGAAGGAUCAAGUCCAGGGCAACCCAACUCGCUUACCCAAGAUCUACCGCGAGAUCGGCAUUCUGCGGGACCUGCAGCAUCCGAAUAUUGUUCGGUUACACGAGUUCGUCGAGACCGAGCGGCACAUGGGCAUCAUCCUGGAGUACGCAUCUGGCGGCGAGCUGUUCGACUACAUCCUCAACCACCGCUACCUCAAAGAUCCAGCAGCGAGACGCCUUUUCGCUCAGCUGGUGUCUGGAGUCGGCUAUCUCCACAAAAAGGGCAUUGUACAUCGUGACCUGAAGCUGGAGAAUUUGCUACUGGAUCGGAACAAGAACAUCAUCAUCACCGAUUUUGGCUUUGCCAACAACUUUAAUCCUAAUGACGAGCUGGAUGAGGAAACGGAGAAGAGGAUCGGAGACAAGGACUUCGCCAAGCGGCAAGGUCUGGACGUGGUGAACGCGCAGGGUAACAGAAGAGGCGACCUGAUGCAGACGAGCUGUGGCAGUCCCUGUUAUGCUGCUCCGGAGCUGGUGGUGUCGGACGGGCUGUACACCGGAAGGAAGGUGGAUGUUUGGAGCUGUGGUGUCAUUUUGUACGCGAUGCUGGCCGGCUACCUUCCCUUCGACGAUGACCCAGCCAACCCAGAAGGCGACAACAUCAACCUGCUUUACAAGUACAUCGUCUCGACGCCUUUAACCUUCCCCGAAUACGUUACGCCGCAUGCCAGAGACCUGCUCCGUCGGAUCCUCGUCCCCAACCCACGAUUAAGAGCAGACCUGUUUGAAGUCGCGAGGCACAGCUGGCUCAGCGAGUACAGCCACGUCGUCGGCUUCAUCGGCAGCAGCACUAAGAGUGACCGCGACAUUGCGUCUUCUGCGAUGCGUCAAGGUGAAGAGCCGAUGCUUGGGAGGAGUGCUUCAGUCCGAGAUGGCACCAGCAGAUCUCCUGCGUCAGCUGGUAACUAUGCGCAGAAGCAGCCACCCAGCAGUGCUGACGGGGAGGCUGAUGCGAGGACCAAGCAGCAGCGCGAUGCCAAGAGGAGGACUGUGCAGCUCGAAUAUGUUGCGCCGAAAGACCAGACUGCGAGGGGAGAGACAAGUCCCACUGGACCCGCACAAAUGCCGGCGGUCUCGUCUGGUACCGGACGAACAAGGGCAAGGGGCGACUCACAAGGACCUGUUGAGGUGCCGCAGACGUCAAACAGAGACAUUGGGCCUCAAGUACCAAGGAAGGAUGUUCCAAGCAGUUCGCAGGCAAUGCCAGCACCCGCACGGCCUGGGAGAGACCAGAUCAGAGCAGCUUCUGACUCUCCGGCUACUUUCAGUCCGCACAGUGCUGCACCCAUGUCCAGACCCACCACCGGCGGCACUCUUGGCUCAGCAAGGCUCCCUUCACGCGGCAACUCCUACGGCCAGCCAGCCAUUCCGGCGUCGACAAAUACUAAUGCCCAAGGCCAUUUCUCGCAACCGAAAUCUGGCUCGGGCUACAUCAUCUCCAGUCCAGGCAGUCCAGAUCAGAUGCAGGGCACCGACAGCCGACCUAUCAGCACUCAGAAUCUCUCACAGUAUCAGCAACGACAGUCGCAGCCCGCUGAACAGCAAGCACAACGCGGACACAAGCGCUCAAGUACUCUCGGUAGUAUCGGAGAUCGUAUUUUGGGCCGCAGCUCUUCGCGUCGGUCAUCGCAGCAGCAGGAUCCACCGAAUGUGCUCGAGAAGCGCGACCGCAGGUACCCGCCAGUCAGCAUGCGCGCUCCUAUGCCUUCUGGUAACGAAGACGCCACGCCACGCCAAUCCAUGGAGAGCUCUCGCCGCACUAGCUUUGGCUUUAAUAGGAAGCCAUCAGAGACACCAUCAGAGAGCAAGCGGUCAUCUCGCCGCUUUUCGUUCUUGCCGAACUCCUUCAGUCUCAACAACUUCAGCAAGAACAAUCAAUCCCAGUCACCGUACGAGAACAGCGACCGUCCUGAAAGCAAAGGCAUGGCCUUCGGCCGCGGCGCCUCGCGCAGCCCAAGCAUGAGCACGACCAAUUCCACCAUCCCGCAGUACUACGAUCAAGACCGUGAAGCCGGCCGCACCCAGCAACGCCGCUCCAACCAGCAGGGCUCCUCCGGCGAUGCACCAUACCAGAACGCCCAGCAAGGCCGCUACGAGAAAGCCCUCCCACCGCAACCGCAGCGCAUGACCGCCACACCACCCUUCGUAGCGAAGAAGCAAUACCGCGAUGACGGCUACGGGGGCAACCUCCUCGACUCGGGCUCCCAACAGCAACCGCUCCCAUCACCCGGACCCAAUGAUCCCGUCGAGCGCUACUGGACCCCGGCGGAAGAAGCCGACCAAGACGCCAUGAUCUCCGGCCCAUACGGCAACAGCACUUACAACGCCAGCGGUGGCAACUACGCCGCACAGCCGGCUUCGUCAUCGAGGGAUGCGACUUACGGGGGCAGCAGUGCAAACUACGGGAGCAGUGGUGGUGGGUAUGAGAGUAAUGCUUACUCGCGGACGGAGGCGCUGCCACAGGGCCCGCAAGUGAGGGCGGGGAACAAUCGCAAGUUUGAGUAUGAUCGUGGGCAUGGGGGGAGUAGUGGGCCGACGAGACGGGUGAUGGAUUUCUUUCGGAGGAGGGGAAGGGAUAGGGGUGAGGUGUGA